GGACGAAGCGGCUGAAGAGGAGGCGGCGGCGGCGGUGGUGUCCCGGUCCCUGUCUCUGUCCCGGCCCCGCGGCGGUCCGAGGAGUGAGAAGGGGCCCCCCGCGCCAUGAAGCUGCGGGUCCGCGUCCGGAAGCGGACGGCUGCGCUGGAGCUGCCGGGCGCGGAGCCGACGCUCGGGGAGCUGCGCGCGCACCUGCGCCAGGCCUUGCUCCCCGCCUGGGGCUACAGUUCUGACAUCCAGUUUGCAGUAACACUGAACGGCAGGGAUACCCUCGCUGAAGAUGAAGAGACCUUGGCCUCCUAUGGGAUUGUUUCUGGGGACUUGAUCUGUUUGAUUCUUGAGGAAGCCGCUGUGGAAUCUCCCGUAGCUCCAGCUUCAGAUUCAGCACAUUCUUAUUUCCAGAGUGAUCCCAAUCAGCCGUCUUUGGCCCCCAGCCACAGCCAGUCCAGCCGACGAGGUGAAGAAGAGCUGCAGGACCCGGGCCCUGCUGUCCAGAGGGCAGACAGCACGCCAGGAUCUAGUCUAGAUUUUGAUUCUGGGUUAAUUCAAGAGGAUGUGGAUAUGGAAGAGGGUACAGGGUCCUAUCCCACGGAGCCAAUGCUGUGCAGUGAAGCCGUGGAUGGGCAGGUGCCCCAUUCCUUGGAGACACUGUACCACGCGGCUGAAUGCAGUAGUGCCAAUGAUGCCUUGAUUGUUCUGGUUCACCUUUUGAUGCUGGAGUCCGGCUACACCCCCUUGGGGACUGAAGCAAAAGCCGUGUCCAUGCCUGAGAAGUGGCGAUCGGGAGGUGUCUAUAAGUUGCAGUAUACGCAUCCUCUCUGUGAAGACGGCACCGCUGCCCUCACGUGUGUGCCGCUGGGGAGUCUUGUCGUCAUAAACGCUACGUUGAAAAUCAACAAUGAAAUUAGGAGUGUGAAAAGAUUACAGCUGCUGCCGGAGUCUUUUAUUUGCCCCCAUGAACAAGAGGAAAAUGUGGCCAGCAAAUACAGAGACCUCCCGAAGCUGUCCCGCCUUUUUAAAGACCAGCUGGUCUAUCCUCUUCUGGCUUUUGCCCGACAAGCUUUAAACUUGCCCGAUGUGUUUGGUUUAGUCGUCCUUCCGUUGGAAUUAAAACUUCGGAUUUUCCGGCUCUUAGAUGUCCGUUCAGUCCUGUCUCUGUCUGCAGUUUGUCGGGACCUUUUCAUUGCUUCGAAUGACCAGCUUCUGUGGAGAUUUAUGUACUUACGGGAUUUUCGAGAUUGUGCCGUCAGACCUCGAGACACUGACUGGAAAGAGCUCUACAGGAAGCAAAAACAGAGGAAAGAUGCCCUGAGAUGGAGGCACCCCAUGUUCCUGCCCCCUCCGCCCCACCCCAUGCCAUUCCACCCCAGUCCCUUCUACCCCAGCCCCUUCCCGCCCAGCCCCAUGUAUCCCCCAGGGAUUAUUGGUGGUGAGUUUGAUGAGAGACCAGUGCUUCCCUAUGCUGGGGACCCAAUCAAUUCACUCAUCCCUGGCCCUGGGGAAACGCCCGGCCAGUUCUCCCCAUUCAGACCCCAUUUCGAUCCAGUGGGCCCGUUUCCUGGGCCCAAUCCUGUCCUGCCAGGGCGAGGGGGCCCCCAGCGACCGGUUUCCCUUCAGGCCCAGCCGCGGUCGGCCAACUGACAUUCGCCUCUCGUUCAUAUGAUGGUUUUUAAGCCCAGUUGAGCUUGCUUUAGGUUGUUUUGUUUUUCCCUUAAAACCACAAUGUCAUCUCCAUGGGGCUGCAUAUCCCUAGUGUCUUCUCGUGUUUGUGCACUCCCAGGCCCUUUGACUAGGCCUGCUUCAAGUUUCCUGUGGGGAGUGUGCUUGGAUUACCAGGCUGCUGAAGGCAUCCCUCAGAAAGGGGUAUACCUGAAUCAGAAGAGGAGGCGGCCGGGGCUCCCCAUUCUCUCUUCCCAUCUCAGAAGGGUGUUGAAGCUACAACGUGCUGCAUCAGAUAGACAGCUUAACACGCAAAGUAACACGUCUGCUCUGACUUUUCUUACAGAAAGAUGUAUAAUAAACACUUAGGAGACCUUCCCAAUCCGA